CGCAGAUAUACGGCAAAUGUAACCUUCAAAUGUUAAAUUUCCACCGGCUGGACGGGUGAGGCACUUAAGGUGUCAGCCAACAGCUCUGGAGGACUUGGGAUUGCUUUGUGGGCAAUCUGUCCCAGACGUGUCGAGCCAAAUCUCUCUCCAUUCAUUGGUUCCAUAGAGAGCCUGGCUGACCCCAAAACGAACCUGGAAAAAGGGUCCUCUUAGUUCCCACAAGUGGUGGAAAGAGCCAAAAAUUAAGGAAAUAAAAAAUAUCGUAUUAACUUUUGAAUUGUUACCAUAAUUUGAUCUGCAACAUUAUUUAAUUUUUAUCUUGAUAAUGGCAAUAUAGUGUUUUUAUUUAAAAAAUUAAAUCGUAAUAUUAUUAAUUAUCUGUACAUAAAAAGUUACUAAAAAAAUUUAUUUCAGCCGGAAUGGGUGCAACUAUAGGCGCAACAGCAUGUAUCUUAUCAAAUUUGAGAAAAAAAGAUGAUCAUUAUAAUUAUUUUAUUGGUGGUUUAGCAGCUGGUGGUAUUUAUGGAAAAAUGUUUAAUUCUUUUCCACGAGGCAUAAAAAUGGCCAUGCUCCUAGCAGUAUUUUUUUCUGCAAAGAAAUAUUCUCUAAUGCAAGGUUGGAGUUGGAAUAUCGAGGAUAAUGUGACUCCUAUGAAAGGUCACGAACGACCAGAUUUAUUGGAUUUUAGUAUUUUGAAAGAUCCUGGUCCCUCUGUUCGUAGAACAUUUGACGGUUUGCGAUGAAAGAAAGUAAUGGCUUCUUUCAUAAAUUGUAAGGCACUGGAAAUUACAAGUAUGGUAAAUAUUUGAUAGAAAUAAGUAAGGAAUUGUACCAAAACUUAGUUUUGUUAGAAGUAUACAAUAAACAGAAAUAAAUAUGUAAA